GUUGAUGGUGACGAUGUUGAUGUUGACGAUGUUGGUGGUGGUGGUGGCAGAGUUCGAGUUGGUCCAGAAUGCCAUCUUCACCGACCCCGACGAUCAGAGCGCCUGGCUGUACCAUCGCUGGCUACUGGGCAGAGCUGAGCAAGCCGAGUCGGUGAGCUGCCUCUACGUGAGCCAGAGUCUGCAGCUCGCGCUCGUGGUGUUCACCCGGCCCAUCAACGUGUUGAAGGAUGAGCAGGAGGAGGUGGUUCUCUGUGUCGAUGGGAAACCGGCGCUGGGUUCUUGGGUGACCCCGGAUCGACGCAACCGCCACUCCCUCGUCUGGCUGUGCCUGCUGCAAGACGCUCUGCGUGGUGGGGAGAGCGUGCGAGUGCAUUGGGGGGACAGACCCCCGAAAGAGUGCGUGCUUGGACAAGGCGGAGGUGAGAGUUGGAUCCGGGACGAGGUGAGCGAGGUGGGCGGGGCCGCGCUGGGGGCGGGGCUUAGUCCGGAGCUUGACUCCGCCCUCCUGCAGGAGCAACUGCACAGCUGCACGGAGCUGCUGCAAAUGGAGCCACGCAACAAGUGGUGCCUGCUGGUGCUGGUGCUGCUCAUGCGGGCCCUGGAUCCGCUGUCGUGUCAGCGCCAGUGCCUGGGCCACCUGGACACGCUGGCGGGCGUCGACCCGGGACGCUGCUGCUACUACCGGGACGCACGCAGCCGCCUGCUCCUGGCCAACGCCGUGCUCACCGUGGAGUACGCGGACACGCGCGUGCUGGCACUGCCCGGCAGGGCGCUGUCAAGUCUGUUCCACCUGGAGCAGCUGGUGCUCGUGACGCACCUCAACCUGUCCAACAACAGCCUGCACUGUCUCCCACGCACACUCAGCUGUCUCCAGAGCCUUCAGGUAGUGUCAUAGACACACACAGUCACACUCACACACACUCACACAGUCACAC